AGGAGGAAGGGAGGAGGGGGCAGUGAGCUCGGGUGGUUGGUGUGACGGGGGCUGCUGCUGCUGUUGCUUCCGUCUCGGUACAAUGGAGCGAGAUUAGUAACGGGGUGCGGAGGGGCUGGCGGAGGUCGUGGCAGUGGGGCAAGGACGAGGACGCAAAAGCAACGAGCCUGGGGCCCGAAGGGCGGUUCAACCGGUUACCGAGGAAAGAGUGAACAGCUAUUAUGAUGGGAGAUGCCACAAAACCUUGCUUUGCCAGACGUAAUAAAGAGCGGGGAAUUUUAAAUGAGGAGGAUUUCCAGAAGUGUGCUUUACAUCACGAUUACCAAGCAAUGGAUGAUUAUGGAAAUGGGCACAUGAACAUAGGAAUCGAGAAAAGAAAGGGAGCACUGGGUCACUAUGGAACAAGUCCCAGAAAGGGAGCACAUGGUGUUUUGAAUAGUCCAAAUUCUUCUAAAAACAUUGUUCACAAUCAAGGGACAAGGAUAAAUGAAGCCUCAAAAGACCAAAUUAAGAAGUGGGUGUCUGACAACCAUCAUGCUAAUCUAGACAGUUGGAGAGAAUACAGAUCUACAGCCCGGAUUCCUGUGCUUAUCAGGACAAGGAAGGAUUCUUCUUAUGAGUGUGAGAGCCUAGGAAACAGAAAUGGAAGAAGGCAGCUCCAGAGAGACCUAACAAGUGACGAUGUGUCCGAUAGGAGAGGACAUUCUGCAAUGAAGAAACAUAGGAAGCCAAGAAGAUCAAGACGGAUAAGAAAAGAAGAGAAUGAUCAAGAUGAUGAUGUGGAUGGGCCAGUUAUAGAUGAGUCUUUACUGUCGCCAAAAGAAUUGCUUGGGCUGCAGCAGGCUGAAGAACGACUGAAGCGAGACUGCAUUUACAGGCUGAGGAAGCACCCUCGAAGUUACCCAACAGCCAAAUAUACUUGCAGAUUAUGCGAUACUUUGAUUGAGUCGGUGGCAUUUGCUCAUAAGCAUAUAAAAGAAAAAAGACACAAGAAAAACAUAAAGGAAAAGCAAGAACAACAACUGCUGACUGCCCUACCUCCACCAACACCUUUGCAGAUCCAAGCAAUUGGGAUUGCCAUUGAGAAAGUAGUGCAAGAGUUUGGUUUAAAUGAUGAAGACAUGGAACAAAGACUUGGAGUUAAAACUGCCAUGGAAAAUGUGUUGCAUCAGAAAUUGCCAGAUUGUUCUCUAAGACUGUAUGGCUCUUCUUGCAGCAGAUUUGGUUUCAAAAACUCAGAUGUAAAUCUAGAUAUUCAGUUUCCAGCUAAUUUGUCCCAACCAGAUGUUCUUUUACUUGUACAAGAAAGCCUGAAGAACAGUGAAUCUUUUGUUGAUGUUGAUGCAGAUUUCCAUGCUAGAGUGCCUGUGGUGGUGUGCAAAGAAAAACAAAGUGGCCUUGUUUGCAGAGUAAGUGCUGGGAAUGAAAAUGCUUAUUUGACAACAAAUCACUUGGCUAGACUAGGGAAACUGGAACCUCGUGUUGUGUCCCUGGUUAUUGCCUUCAGACACUGGGCCAAGCUAUGUUGUACAGAUCGUCCUGAAGAAGGUGGCUUACCACCUUACGUAUUUGCUUUAAUGGUCAUUUUCUUCCUGCAACAGAGGAAAGAACCCUUUCUGCCUGUAUAUUUAGGAUCAUGGAUUGGAGGAUUUUCAUUGUACAAACUAGUGAACUUUAAUCUGAAAGAAGUUGAAAAUGACAUUGUGGUCUGGGAGCACAACCCUGCUGUUGAUGAUCCCAGUUCUUCAAAGGAAACUUCUCCUAAGAGAGGCAAGGUUCCUUUAGUGUUUGAUUUGGAUCAUCAGUGUUCAAUCUCAGUUGGACAGCUUUGGGUUGAACUGCUUCGUUUCUAUGCUCUGGAGUUUAAUUUGGCUGACUUGGUCAUCAGCAUACGCCUCAAAGAAAAAGUGUCUCGUGAAUCUAAGGACUGGCCUAAAAAGCGGAUUGCUGUGGAAGAUCCUUACUCUGUGAAGAGGAAUGUGGCAAGAACUCUUAAUAGUCAGCUGGUGUAUGAGUAUAUUCUUCACUGCUUACGGGCAACUUACAAGUAUUUUGCCUUGCCCCAUAAGCAGAGUACAAAAAACAACCAAAAGAGACCUGUAGAGUCCUCGGUAGAGACUGAGAAGAGUGCUUUGAAACCUGGCAUCCCUGACAUACAAAAUACGCAUAAUGAGGCAGACAAAACACUAAUGGACAGCAGUAUAACUACUACCAAGACAAGUUCUUAUUUUCCUCAGGAACAUAUGUUUGAUCCUUCUCAGGUAUUUGGUGCUGAAAGCUUUGUGGAAGAACAGUUGGCAGAUGAUAUCGAGCAUUUAGGUGUAUCUCAUGAGGACUCAGACUGCAUAAUUGAAGAAUUUAUUUCUGGUGACAAUGAGGAAUUUAAACGAAGCUGUGAAGAGACUGAGAGUGGAAAUGAAGAGGAAGAAGAGGAAGGGCAUGAACAUGUUAGAAAAUGGCAGGGGCAUUUGAGUAGCAAUGAAGGUUUGGAUGAAGACAGUGAAAGUGGAGAUCUUGUGGUUCCCACUAGUGAGCAUGAUGUUGAGACUGACAGCAUUUCUGACAUGGAAAGUUUUCAAAAUACAGUAGUUAUUCUUGAUGAGUCUGGUUUAAAAAGUGGUGGUGUGCUAGAUAAUAAGGUUGACAUUGAUAAAGAGAGCACAGAAGGAACUGAUGAACUAGAUGAUUCCCUGAUCAAAUUGGAACCACCAACUCAGGAGCAAGUAUUUGAAAUGGAUAACUCAGAGGAGGAGGAAGUGGAAGAGGAGGAAGAGGAAGUGCACAGUAUCAUAAACCAGAGACAACAUGGUAUCAAUACUGAAGAUGAGCUGGAUAACACAUAUACUGGAUCUGGCAAUGAAGAGCUUCUAUCCGGAGAGGAAGAGUUGUUUAUAACUGUUAAAUAUGAAGACAGCGAACCCAGGAAGAAUGCAGAUGAACUUCCGAGGGUAGAUUUAAACAAAGAAGAUACUGCUGAAAAAGAAGUGUUGUUAGAAAGCAUAUCCAUAGACCAAUGUAGCAAAUCUGAAUUCUUCUAUGAAUUUAAUAAAUCUGCUUUUACAAAAGACAAGUCUCCUACAGUUGUGUGCAGCCUAUGUAAGCGAGAAGGUCACCUAAAGAAGGACUGUCCAGAAGACUUCAAAAAAAUUGAGCUAGAUCCUUUGCCAUCACUAACACCCAAGUUUUCAAAUAUUUUGGAUCAAGUGUGCAUUCAGUGUUACAAGGACUUUGCUCCAAACAUUAUCGAAGACCAAGCUCGUGAAUAUAUACGGCAAAAUCUUGAAAGCUUCAUCCAACAAGAAUUUCCAGGCACUAAAUUAAACUUGUUUGGUUCUUCAAAGAAUGGAUUUGGCUUCAAGCAAAGUGAUCUUGAUAUUUGUAUGACAGUUGAUGGUCUGGAAACAGCUGAGGGACUUGAUUGUAUAAGGAUCAUUGAAGAACUUGCAAGAGUGCUCAAGAAACAUUCAGGUCUAAGAAAUAUUUUGCCCAUAACAACUGCUAAAGUGCCAAUUGUCAAGUUCUUUCAUGUCCGAAGUGGUCUUGAGGUAGACAUCAGUUUGUAUAAUACAUUGGCCCUGCAUAACACAAGACUCUUGUCCUGCUAUGCAGCUAUUGAUCCCAGAGUAAAACAUCUCUGUUACACAAUGAAAGUUUUUACAAAGAUGUGUGACAUCGGUGACGCGUCAAGAGGUAGCCUAUCUUCGUACGCGUAUACUCUUAUGGUGCUGUACUUUCUUCAGCAGAGAAGCCCACCUGUCAUUCCUGUUCUUCAAGAGAUUUAUCAAGAGCCAAGGAAACCUGAAAUUCUAGUUGAUGGCUGGAAUGUCUUUUUCUUUGACAAAACAGAUGAACUGCCAGCAGUUUGGCCAGAUUUUGGUAAAAAUAAAGAAUCCAUUGGUGAGUUAUGGCUCGGACUUCUGCGUUUUUAUACUGAAGAAUUUGAUUUUAAAGAGCAUGUUAUCUGCAUCCGAAGAAGAAAUUUGCUUACAACAUUCAAGAAGCAGUGGACUUCGAAAUAUAUAGUUAUUGAAGAUCCUUUUGAUCUGAAUCAUAAUCUUGGAGCUGGAUUAUCAAGAAAAAUGACAAACUUUAUAAUGAAGGCUUUUAUAAAUGGCAGGAGGGUAUUUGGCACUCCUGUAAGAGGAUUUCCUAAAGAAUAUCCUUCAAAAAUGCAGAAAAUGAAGGUCUGGCAUAAUCCUGCAGUUUCAUCCCCAAUGAAUUCAUCUUUGGAGAAGAUGUCACCUGUUUACAUAAAUGAAUAUUUUUUUGACCCAGAAGUGCUGACAGAAGGAGAGUUGGCCCCAAAUGAUAGAUGUUGCAGAAUUUGUGGUAAAAUUGGACAUUUCAUGAAAGACUGCCCCAUGAGGAGGAAACUGAGAAGACGGCAUGAUAAUGAAGAUCCUAAAAACCAAAGAUACACAGAAAACAAAGAAAAAAGAAGUAAAGAGGAGAAAGAGACCCCAGUUAAAAUUACAGAAAGAGAUGUAUCGCUAAAGGAUGGGAUAUUACAGAUAUGUACACCUAAUAAAAACAAAUUGGGUAGGGGAACAAUGGAAACUGGAAAAGAGAAGACUCCUAAGCAGCCAGUAGAGAAGUGGAAGCGACAGGAAGACAGAGAAAAGCGUUGUUUUAUUUGCGGAAGGGAAGGACAUAUUAAAAAAGAGUGCCCACAGCACAAAGGAGCUGGAGGUGCUUUGAAGUUGGAAAACCCAUGUGGAUCCCCCUUAUCCAGUGCUAUUAACCACUCUGGUCGAUUAAAUCAGGGAUUGCUUCUACAGGAAGAAAAAAAGAAACAGAAAGGAAAAAUAUUCUUGAGUCCCCAGUCAGGCAGCCUUUCCAGUAAAUAUAUGACUCAGGGAAAAGCUUCACAGAAGAGACCCCAUCAAGAUUCAUAAGAGACUGAAGCAGUCUUUUCAGUUGCAAUACAGACUGUCCAUUUCCUUAAAUGUUUAUUUUCUUUAUAGCAUCUGGGUUCACAAAACAGCAACAUAAACAGUCUUCAACAUAAGUUUAAAGAAAACACAUUUUAUUUUAAUUAAAUUGCUAAAGAUAAAAAAGCAAUGGAUUUUAAUGUUUGUUCAUACCAUGAAUCUUGGCUCUUAAUAGACUUUUAAUAGAAAACCAUGAUGUUUUUAUAUUUACUAGGUAAAACGUGUAGAUCAGGGAGGUUCCUAACUCAAACCACUUCUAAAAGUUUCUACAUUCUACCAGAAUGUUUGAGUGCACUUAAAUUAUGUGCAAGCCAAAUAUAGUGUCUCCUUCAAAAUAUUGUAUUUGAAGGAUAAAAAGGGUAUUUAUUAAUUAUGAUCAUUUAUUGAUUCCUUGUGUAAAAGUGUUUUGAAAUGUUUCUGGACUGCUACUGCCGUAUUUGAAAAUAUUUUAAUCUGUGGGGAGCUAACACAUGGAUGUUAAGUAAACGUUUAUGUAAAAUCUCUGUGGAAAAGCAGUGCCCUUGAGUGAAUUCUACCCUUUUUUAUUUUAUGCUUUGAUAUGCUUCUGUGCAGAGAGACUGAGAGGAUGGUUAUGUUUGCUGCAGCUGUAUUUUCCCAUUAUCUUCAACCCAAAAAAAAACCCCUCCUCUAAGGAAACAAGGGGUAUAUUUGGCAGCUUAAAAUAAUGAAUCCACUUAUGCUUUAUUGAAAAGUGAAGAAGAUGAUCCCUGAAUUAGUCAAGGAUUGACUUUUUUUUUAAUGUCAUCAAGGCUUAAUAUCAAGGUUUUCUGGAGAUGGUACAACCUACCCUUUCCAGGAAAAAAAUUCAGCAAAAAAUUAAGCUACUGCUAUUUAUGACCUUGCAAUAAAUCGACCAACAGAGCAAUCUAACUCAGGGGAGGCCAGCAGGAAGCUUCAGGAGGCAUUGGGCUGAUGGAAUAUCAGCUCAGCUACGAGCUGCACGCAUGAACGCAAAAGAAAAAGCCGACUCUCACAAAUACCCAUACUCGUGAGUAAGCAUUCUCCAUAGACUUCCAUUAUAAUUAUUUUCUUGGACCGACCUUUUUCUUGGCGUAACUGCUUUAAGACAUGCUUUGACAUGCCCCAAGAAUCCCCUGGGGUCCUGGCUCUGGCCAGGCUCAGCUGGGGGCAUGCCACAUCCAACUCCCCUCAGCCCGGCAUAAAUAC